AUGUCCUUUCGCAAGCGAAACAUCGGUCUUUCUCCUGGAGUUGACCGCAACGCUGUUCCCAAUGCUACCGCGCAGCCCGCUGCGCCAGAAAGCACGCCGGGCAUCCGCCCCUCCCCCGAUGAUGGACGGCCAACAACCUCGACAGGGACUCGCUCUCUAGAUAAUCUUCUCGCAGGCCAUGCGGGGCUUCCAAUGGGAAAACUCUUGUUGAUUGAAGAAAACGGAACUACGGAUUUUGCGGGCUCAUUGCUGCGUUACUAUGCGGCGGAGGGCGUAAUCCAAGAGCAGAAGGUCCAUGUGGUUGGAGUGCCAGAGCAAUGGGGCCGAAGUUUGCCUGGUCUGAUUGGCUCAGCGGAGUCCCUGGACGAGAAGAGAUCCGACAAGCGCAAGGAUGAUCGCAUGAAAAUUGCAUGGCGAUACGAGCGAUUGGGCGAGUUUGGGGCAGUCGCUGGUUCGCGGGGUGCCCCUACUAAUCCUGGGGAACAGGAUACAGCAGCAAAAGAAGCGCCCGCUUUCUGUCAUGCCUUCGAUCUCACGAAACGUCUCACCCAUCCGUCUAUCACAAACAUGUCCUUCAUCCCACUUAUGCCCUCAAAAGAGUCACCAUUCCUCGCUAUCCUUAAACGACUCCAGACCGCAAUUACAUCCAGCGCCGCCAAUACAAUCCACCGAAUCGUCAUUCCUUCUCUGCUCAACCCCACAAUUUACCCGCCGAACGCCUCCCAACCCGAACAUGUACUCCAGUUCUUCCACGCCCUUAAGGCACUGAUGAGCGCGCAUACCACUCGGGUGACCGCGAUGAUCACGGUGCCUCUGUCUCUCUAUCCCCGCUCAUCGGGGCUGGUUCGCUGGAUCGAACUGCUCAGUGACGGUGUCAUUGAGCUUUGUCCUUUCCCGCACUCUGCUGAUGCCAUGGCUACCUCGGGAGCGGCUACCUCACAAGAAGAACCACCGCAGGGUAUGCUCAAGACGCAUCGGCUUCCAGUUUUGCACGAGCGUGGGGGUGGAAGCGAUCAGAAUGUCGGACAAGAUUGGGCGUUUAUUCUAAGCCGCCGGCGAUUCGAGAUCAAACCGUUCAGUCUGCCACCGGCCGAAGGAGACACAGAAGCGCAAGAGGCGUCGGUUCCAGGCGGAAUGCCCAAGAAAUCGGAUCUCGAAUUUUGA